AUGGCUUCGGAGAGACGUAUCAAGUCUCUUAAAUUGAGGAUUCGGAGCCUGGAAACAUCCUUCAACCUCAUCAAGGUUUUCGUCGACAACUACGACGAAGACACCCAAUCGGUUGAAGUUCCCGUGAGGCUCGAAAAUCUUGCUGUUCUUUGGACAGAUUACUCCAAAACUCAGGCUGAGCUUGAAGCAUCCGAUGUCGACGACAUGGCAAUCGUCGAGCAGCAGUUCAAGCAGCGAUCCCAGUUUGAAACGGAGUAUUAUCGAGUGAAAGGUUUCUUGCUGGCCGUAAAUAAACAUGUUUCGACUCCGUACACUCAUCCUGUUCAGUCACAUGCGCACUUCCCUGCUUCAUCUCAGAUCCGGCUACCCGACGUAAAGCUCCCUGUGUUCAAUGGGUCAUUAGAGCAAUGGUUGAACUUCCAUGACCUGUUCGUUUCUUUGGUGCACUCUUCAAGUGAUUUGUCGAACAUCCAAAAGUUCUAUUAUUUAAGAUCUUCUUUGAGUGGCGAUGCACUGAAGCUGAUUCAAACCAUUGCAAUCAGUGCUAACAAUUAUCCCGUGGCUUGGAACCUGCUUGUAGAGCACUUUCAAAACCCGUUGCGUUUGAAACAAACUUAUGUUGACUCGUUAUUCGAAUUUUCACAACUUAAAAAGGAAUCAGCUUCAGAUCUUCAUUCGUUGGUCGAAAGGUUUGAAGCCAACGUUCGAAUCCUGAAACAGCUUGGAGAAAGAACUGAGUAUUGGGACGUGUUGCUUAUUCGAAUGCUGAGUAUCCGCCUUGAUUCUACAACUCGUCGAGAUUGGGAAGAAUUUGCGUCUUCGAAAGAGUCAACAACAUUUCAAGAUCUUGUAAGCUUUCUUCAACGACGAGUUACGGUUCUGCAGUGUAUGAGUAAUGGUCAGCAAGAGUGUUCAGCAACGACUUCAGCGAAAAAAUUGACUUCUCGUCCUCCACUUGUUAGCCACGGGGCUACUCAGCUCAACUAUCGGCAGUGUUUCGCUUGCUCCGACCAUCAUCCAUUAUACCAGUGUUCCGUUUUCUCCAAAAUGACUUCCGAAGACAAAGAGAAACUCGUGCGCCGCCAACAACUUUGCCGAAAUUGUCUACGGAAGGGUCAUGUGAGUCGAAACUGUUCGUCGAAAAACACCUGUCGGAAAUGCCGAGGUCGACACCACAGCCAGCUUUGCAGCGAUGAUCAUUCUCAACAAGAGCGCAACAAGCAACGAGUCGAAUCAACCUCAACAACGGAGACUGGUGCUGCUAGCGAAGCAGCCUCACCAUCACUAUCAGCAGCGAUUCAUAACCCAGAAGCUGGUCUCCAUCCCAACAAGGUGAUUCUCGCAACAGCUGUGAUCACUUUGGUCGACGAUCACGGCAAUUCACACGCAGCAAGGGCACUUCUGGAUUCAGGAAGCGAGUGCAGCUUCAUUACCGAGUCGUUUUCUCAACGGCUUCAGAGUCGUCGUGAAAAGGUUCAUCUCUCGAUCUCCGGAAUUGGGCAAUCGUCUACACAGGCUCGGCUAAAGCUCCGCACUACAGUACGCUCUCGGACUACGAGGUUUUCCACCAUCGUCGAGUUACUUGUUCUUCCAAGGCUCACCCUAAAUGUGCCCUCAACAACCAUGGACAUUUCGAGGUGGAGUCUUCCGGAAGCAAUUCGUCUAGCCGAUCCAGCGUUCUACCAGACGAAUCCCAUCGACGUAGUUCUGGGCGCUGAAAUCUUCUUCGACGUCUUCAAACCAUCAGGCAGAAUAUCGCUUGGAGGUGGCCUCCCAAUGUUGGUUAAUUCGGUCUUUGGCUGGGUGGUCUCUGGGAAAGUAAUGCAGUCCAAUCACAUCAACACCGUUUCCUGCAAUGUCGCUACUGUUUCGGACAUCUACCGUUUCAUGCAACGUUUUUGGACCAUUGAGGAAGAGAGCGCAGUUCCCAGUCUCUCGGUUGAAGAAGCAGCUUGCGAGGAGCAUUUUCGUCGAACAGUUCAACGUGCUCCAGAUGGCCGGUACAUUGUGCGAUUGCCUUUGAAGGAGGCUGCGGUCAACAUAGGCGACAACCGCAACACUGCACGACGUCGAUUUUAUAUGAUUGAAUCUCGUCUUCAACGCAACAAAGAGCUACAGAUUCAAUAUCGGGACUUCAUGGCGGAAUACGAAACCCUCGGCCACAUGCAGCGUGUGGCGGACACAGCUGAAUCCGAUUCUUCCCGGUAUUAUCAACCUCAUCAUCCCGUAAUUCGAGAAACAAGCUCUACUACAAAGGUGCGAGUUGUGUUCGACGCCUCGUGCAAAUCAGCAACCGGAAAAUCCCUGAAUGAUGUGCUUAUGGUAGGCGCAGUCAUCCAGGACGAUCUGAGAGCCAUCAUUCUGAGGUCCAGGCUUCACCAGAUCAUGCUCAUCGCUGACAUCAAGCAAAUGUAUCGUCAGAUACUGUUGAAAACGGUCACCUAUGGUACGGCCAGCGCACCGUUUCUUGCUACCAGGGUCCUCCAGCAACUAGCCGAAGACGAAGAGACGAACUUUCCCGAAGCAGCCAAGGUCCUCAAGAGAGAUGUGUACGUAGACGACCUCUUCACCGGCGGAAGUUCUCCAACGAAGGUAGCUGAGCUACGGGUUCAGCUUGACCAGUUAUGCAGGAGAGGUGGAUUUGAAUUUCGAAAGUUUGCCUCUAAUUGUGAAUCGGUUCUCGACGGCGUGUCUCCUGAUAGACGUGCAAUUCAAUCCUCGGUCGAACUUGCAGCAGACCAGUGCAUCAAAACCCUUGGCCUACACUGGGAACCAACAGCUGACAACUUGCGGUUCCACAUCCAACUACCGAAGCAACCACCAGACACCCUCAUGACGAAACGAAUCGCUCUGUCGCAAAUCGCUCAACUCUUCGAUCCUUUAGGUCUGGUUGGGCCAGUAAUCGUAACCGCCAAAAUCUUCAUGCAGACGCUGUGGAGCCUUAAUUCCGAAGACGACAAACCUUGGGGCUGGGAUCAACCGCUGCCAGAUUCUCUCGCCACCUACUGGAUCAAGUACUACUCGCACUUGCCUCUGCUUGAGCAACUAAGAAUCCCUCGAUGUGUUGUUUUGCCCGAUCCAUGUAACGUUCAGCUUCACCUAUUUUCGGACGCAUCGGAACAAGCUUAUGGCGCCUGUGCGUAUCUCCGAUCGACCGACGCGUCCGGGAAUGUUCUGGUAACCUUGUUGACGGCCAAAUCGAAAGUUUCACCAUUAAAAAAGCGCAGCAUUCCUAGCCUCGAACUCUGCGGAGCACUAGAAGCGGCUCAACUGUAUCAAAAGGUCUGUUCCGCUUUCGGAUCGAAGUUCACUACGUUCUUCUGGGUUGAUUCUACAACAGUUUUAGCCUGGCUUAAGGCUACCCCGUCAGUAUGGACUACGUUUGUGGCGAAUAGAGUAUCCAAAAUCCAGCUGGCAACGGUGAACACUUCCUGGAACCAUGUUGCAGGGCAACAGAACCCUGCAGACCACAUCUCUAGAGGCAUCGAGGCCGAAACGAUUCUCUCGUGCGACCUUUGGUGGAAGGGUCCACAAUGGCUCCAAUCUGAAUCAUCGUUCUGGCCUGUUCAUCAGCCUGACCAAUCUUUUGAAACGCAGCUGGAAUCCCGAUCUUCCCCGAAUCAAUUUCUGGCAUCAACAGCAGUGUCCCCACCAGUAGAUCCUUCCUUCAUCGACCUUCACAUCGAACGCUUUUCAUCUUUCCAACAUUUGUUGCGAGUAACGGCAUUCUGCCUAAGAAUUUCUUCGAACCGCCCCAGCAAACGACAGGAAUUGACCAACAAUUUGUCGACGACCGAAAUACAGAAUGCAGAGUUCGCCUUAAUUCGGUUAGUCCAGCUCCAGGAAUUCGCCAGUGAAGUCAGUGCUCUUCGUCAGUCGAAACCCAUCCCAGUCAAAUCACGGCUUCGAUGGUUUACCCCCUUCCUCGAUCCAAAUGGGGUAAUGCGUGUGGGUGGCAGGCUUGACAGAGCGCCAAUGACGUACGACAGCAAACACCAGAUCCUGCUCCCAUAUCACCAUCGCUUUUCGACUUUACUCGUCCAAUGCUACCACGAACGUAACUUGCAUGCAUCGCCACAACUGCUCGUUGGACUUCUUCGCCUACGAUACUGGAUCAUAGGGGCCAGAAAUCUGGCCAAAGUCAUCGUACAUCGCUGCACCAGUUGCUUCCGAGCUCGCCCUAAAUUGGUGGAACAAUUUAUGGCUGAGCUGCCCAAGGAACGGAUCACAGCCACUCGUCCAUUCACGGUAACGGGGGUUGAUUACUGGGGCCCAAUACUUCUUAAACAUCCGCAUCGUCGAGCCUCACCCACUAAAGCAUUUGUAGCAGUUUUUGUAUGCUUCUGUACUAAGGCUGUUCACAUCGAACUGGUUUUCGAUCUGACAACAGCUAAAUUUGUACAAGCCUUGCGACGAUUCGUCUCUCGCCGAGGUCCGCCUUCUGAUAUCUACUCUGAUAACGGACGAAACUUCCUCGGUGCGAAAAAUGAGCUAAAACGGCUCAUCCGUCAAUCAGAGUAUUCACACAAAUUGGAACAGGAGUGCUCUGACUGCAAAAUCAGAUGGCACUUCAAUCCUCCAAGAGCCUCCCAUUUCGGGGGAUUGUGGGAAUCUGCCAUUCAUUCCGCCCAAAAGCAUUUUAUCCGCGUCGUCCGGGACCGACCGCUCUUCUACGAUGACAUGCAAACUCUUCUGUGCCAGAUCGAAAGUUGUUUAAAUUCUCGGCCUCUUGUUCCACUGAGCGACGACCCAACUGAUUAUGAGGCAUUGACACCCGGACACUUCUUGGUUGGCACGUCGUUGAAGGCUGUUCCUGAUGAAGAGUUCACCGAAAUACCGUUCCAUCAUUUGAAGAAAUGGCAACAAAUUCAAAAAUUGGUCCAGGAUCUGUGGCGGCGAUGGCACCUGGAAUAUUUGAACAUAUUACAACCCAGAAGCAAAUGGAUGCACUCACCUGUUUCGAUAAAGGAGAACCAGCUCGUCCUCCUAAAAGAAGAAAACAUCCCACCGAUGCGCUGGCCAACAGCCAGAAUUGUCCAGACUCACCCAGGAAGCGACGGAGUUAUCAGAGUGGUCACCCUGAGAACAGCAAAGGGCUCGUGCACACGACCGGUGUCUAAAAUUUGCCUGCUGCCGAUUGCACCAUCGUCGGAGGAAGCAAUCAAACCAUCCGGCGCUGAGCAAUCAACAACAGACGAAAUUUCUGUCAAAGGAGAGCUCCAACUUUCGGAUCCAUCGUAG